AAUGGAGUGUAUGAAUGAUUGUGUGUGUCAACAACAGCCACCUCGUACACAACACGGCUCCCCACCCGCCUUUAAAACCUCUAACCUCACUCAACUUAACCCAAACUAAGCAAACAUAACUCAACCUAAGCUAAAACAUAUUAACCUAACAAUAUGUACGAUUUUUAUAGAGGAAACUUGUAUUGUGGACUCGUGUUGGGUAUUGUGUGACCAGCCCCCGACCACCUCCACCAGGGCCCAACACUGUUUUUCUCGUGAUUAUUCACACACAACACACGUGUUACGUUGUUGGCUGAGGAAGAACAUAAAAUGAGCCUGAUAGUCAAAUUAGAAGAUGAAGAACAGACUAGAUGCCACAUCUUACUGUACAAUAAUGUGAAGAAUGCAGCAGAUGUGCGUCAGCUGAUUAUGAAGGGUCAAGUGGAAGCUAGUCUGAUAAAACCUGAAAUGUUAGUUGACCCGUUUCAAGUUUUGGUUGCUGCCAACAAAGCUGUUCGAUCUUUAGCUGCUAAAAAGAUGGUAACUCGCUCAGUCUUUGCUGAAAUUAUCUUUAAUUUGUCACCCUCAAAAAAUAUUACAGAUUCGUUGAAGAACUUUGGCUUGGGCGACAGUGACACAGAGAUCCUGGCUGUGGUGCUCGACCAGGAAUCGGGAGAAAAAUUACAAAAACUAAAUGGUCAGAUAAAAGGACAGCAAACAGCACUUACGGAGAUGUUGAAUCUAACAAACAGUGCCAAAAUUAAGCAGCUUUACAAGGUAACUGAUGCUGACCUGGACGUGAGCAAUCUUCUUGAUGCCGUCAUUUCUCGUAUGGCAUGUAAAGAAUUUCUCAUUAUGUAAUAAUACACAUUAAUAUAUUGCAAAUAAAUUUUGUAGUGUA